UAUUCAGUCUUUUCUCAGUGUUCCAGUAGUUGUGAAGUAAGAAUUACGGGUGUGCUUGUUUUCAUUUAAGUGAAAAUUGAAAUGUACAUAUUUCGUAUUGUAUUUUGAUUUUCGCAUUGAAUGAGUCCCUGAGCAUUAGCAGCAGUUGUCUGAUGUUGAGAAUUAUCGGUCACCGCUACUGUGCUUUUCCACAUACCGAUUCCAGAAGGUAUUUUAUUGGCGUUCAAAAUUUGCGCAGAUAGUGCACUACAAAUGAAAUAUGCAGAUACGACCACUCAUCUUUACAUACAUAUGCAUGUGAAAACUCCGGUCCACGUAUACACGAUAUAUAUGGAAAUUGACCAUUCGUUCCAUUGGACCGUAUCAACCAAUUAUGUAUAUAAAAUUCUAUUUUGGCGUUAUGAAGAGCGUCGAUCGAGAUAUUGCACAGAAGAAAGUUUGCAUUAGUUGGAUGCCAGCUCCUUGAUCGACCUUGACCUCGAGACCUCAAACUUGUCACACAAUUCCCGUAAUAGCUUAAAUUGGCACAGAGCAGCUUUAGUUUACAGAAGAGGGCACUUGUCGACGAAAGUGAAGCGAGCUCAAAUUGGAAGUAACAACUUUGCGACAAUACCAUGACCCGAAAGCCCUAUGAGUCAUACUUGGAAGACAUUGCCCAACUUAUAACAAUACGUGAUGAAGACAGACCAAUCUAUACAAAGGAUUUUGAUAUCAUACGAGAUCACGUUUUGAAUGGAAUGAAGAAUGUUGAUGGUGUAUUUAAAAAGAUGUAUCAAGGGACAAGUCUUUUUGGAAGUUACGCCAACAACGUGCGCAUAAAAUAUCCCAAUGAGUUCGACGUCAUAUUUAUAUUGGGUAUCCCUCAUUCAUCUAAUAUUGUUGUGAAUAGGGAUGCUUAUAGUCCCGGAUAUGUAAAUUUGGAUUUAGAGGAAGUUAUGGAGCAUUUACAAGAUGCGAAAGGUUAUGCCGAGGUUUACGAUUGUUUUAAUGAACUUAUCGAUGAAGAUGAUUGCUUGUUGCGCAAGAGUUUUCAGAUUUGGCUUAAGAAGGUUGUAUUGAGUUGUUUGAAAACAUACGGAAAUGAAAUUCGUGGUCACCAGGGAGAUUUAUAUACCUUAAUGUAUUCAAAGCGUGGAUUGGCGCAUACGAUCUAUGCUAAGUGUACUGCUCGUUCAAUUUCCAUUGAUUUAAUUCCUGGUAUUUCCUUUGGAAAAGCUGAGUGGAUGAAAGUUAGCAAACGUCAUAGAAAAAUGUUCGGAGAUACAAAAUGGUAUGCUGUUCCAAAGCCACCUGUCCGUCUCUUUCAUACAAAAUGUGCAUUUAUGAUUUGCAACCCUAAAGUGGAACGAAAACUUUUGCUGGGAAGGCAAAAUCUAAAGGUUGUUUUUCGGCUCUUGAAGUCUCUACGCGAUAAAUACGGCAUGAAACGCCUCAAAAGUUAUUUCAUAACCACAGCUUUCCUUUGGGAAGUUGAAAAACAAAAAAAAAGUUUUUGGAAUAAUCCACUACAUAUUUUACUAGAGCACAUGCUGGAGUCUUUGGCUGAUAGUUUCGCUGAAGGUUGUUUGCCUUUUUAUUGGGACCGAAAAAACAACCUAUUGAAUAACUUGGACGAUGAGGAAAUUGAUGACUACGCCGAAAAACUUAAACGUGCCUAUGAAACAUUAAGGCAGUAUAAAUUCGAGCCGAACCUUACAUAUAAGCGAUGCCGAACUCAUUUCGAGCUUCCUUAAAAAUACGGAUCUAGUACGAGUUUUGGUUCUUCACACAAUUCACACAUACAAUUAUUACUCAUAAUUAUUAUUUAGAUAUGUAGGUAGAGGUUACAUACAAUACAUACGUAGGUUUGAAUGUGAAAAAUAAAAAUAUGAAGUGUUGUUUUUAUUAAUAAAAUAUAUACAUGUAUGACUUUCAUAACACAAGUGGUAACA